AUGACCACCGUCAUCGAAAACCGGAUAUCCGAAGAGAUGGAGAUGGUUAUGGAAACGGCGGCAGCAGCGUCGAAAUACAGCCAGCGUACCCCAGACACUUUGGGCACGCAAGGUUCGAUUUCUCCCUCUUCGGCCAGGUCUUGUCGAUUCCCAGGAAUUUGCAUCCGAGCAAGCUCUUCUCGAAGCGCGAUUUCCAGUGUCCUGCCAACACUCGUCCCUGCACCGCUAUCUCCCGGCCAAACAGCUGCUGUGCUGUCGGAACAACAUGCCAAACCAUCCCGGACACUGGCCUGGGAGACGUUGGCUGCUGUCCUGGCGGGAGUAGCUCGUGCGCCGGAAAGCUCAAGUCUUGUCCGGAUGGAUAUGCAAACUGUUCAGAAUUCCCCGGCGGAGGAUGCUGUAUCCCAGGAUACACCUGCGUCAAGAACGGGUGUCUAUUCGUCUCCACGACCACGGUCACUAUCCUCCCGUCAACCUCACCAGUACCAUCUAGCACUCCAGCACCACCGACGAUGA